AUGCGGGACUUUGCGAGAGUGGCCGUCGUGCUGCUCACCUGCAUCGUCGCGCUGGCAGCCGCCUGGACAAAGGAGGACCACGAGAUCUUUCGGCUGCGGGACGAGGUCAUUGCUAGCGAAGGACACAAUGUGACGUUCUACUCUUUCCUUGGCAUAAAGCCCAAUGCCGGUCAGGACGACAUUAACAAGGCAUACCGCAAGCUGUCACGAACUCUGCACCCGGACAAGGCUCGAAGCACGUGGAUCGCCAACUACAACAAGCCAAAGGUCGGCAAGAAGGGAGACACACCAAAGGUGCACGUCACCAAGAACAAGCAACCCUCGCAGUCCGAGAUUAAGAAGUUCGACAAAGAAGCUUCUGCCCGAUUCGAGCGCUUGUCCUUGGUCACCAACGUCCUUCGUGGCCCCGAACGUGCGCGCUACGACCACUUCGUCUACAAUGGCUUCCCAGCAUGGCGUGGAACUGGCUACUACUACGAGCGGUUCCGACCAGGUCUCGGUAGUGUGCUCUUCGGCUUGUUCAUCUUCGUUGGGGGUGGUGUUCACUAUGGCUUCCUCUACUUGACCUGGAAGAGACAGCGCGAGUUCGUGCAGCGAUACAUUGGAUACGCUAGGAAGAAGGCUUGGGGAGAUGAGGGUGGCAUUGGAGCUAUCCCUGGUCUUGGAGGAGCUACCAACGGUGCACCCACUCCACAAAGUCCACCAGACGCAGAUGACAGUAUGCAAUGGAACAGGAAACAGAAGCGUGAAAUGGAAAGGCAGAGGAAGAAGGAUGGCAAGAACCCCGUCAAGAGCGCAAGAGCUGCGGCUAAGGCAAGAGAGCAGGGCAUCUCUACACCGGUUGAGGCAGAGAUCACCUCGGGACCGGUUGGCGCAAAGAAGAGAACUGUCGCAGAAAACGGCAAAGUCUUGAUCGUUGACAGCGUGGGCAACGUCUUCCUGGAGGAAGAGACCGAGGAGGGCGAUUUGCAAGAGUUCUUGCUUGAUCCUGAUGAGAUCCCAGCACCAACCAUAUCCAACACUUGGCUCGUCCGCCUCCCGCUCUACCUCUACAACCAAUCCCUCGGCCGAGCUCUCAACAAGCAGACUCCUGAGCAAAUCGUCUACGAAGUAGUACAAGGCCAGGAGCAGGAAGAAGUCGACGAAGCCACCGCAGCCCUUAACUCUGCCCUUCCACCCAACGCAAAUGGCGAGAGCCGCAAGCGCAAGUCAAAAGCCAGGUCAUAG